AUCGCAGAAGAAAUUGUGCCCUCAGAAGGCUCGCUCUUUGUGAUGCGGUUUUCCGCAAUAAGCCACUGUGUGUAGUGCUGUGUAAUUUUAUCUGUGCUGCACUCUCAUAGUUCACACAAGACUGAUACCUUGCCUCCCUUCUCCUUUGUAUCAAUUGGUCGGAGUUCAGCCCAUUGUUGCUGGAAGGUUCUUUUAUUUCUGAGCAUCAACGAAAUCUCACGAUAGCCUCCUUGUGAAAUUCACUGGCUUUUUCCAGCAUGCCGACUACUUGGAGAGCAAAUGGGACCCAAGAACGACAGCACGACUAAUCCUCGUUUGUUUCACUUCGCUGGCCCUAAUCGAUGAUCGCGGGUUUACAAGAUCGCUACAAAUAAAGGGAAGAGAUCCGGGCAGAUAAAACUGGCACUGUUUCGUAAGCUGGAUCAUUAUGUUUUUUUUGCCGAGCCAGAGGCAAUAAGACUUUUUAAUGGGACCCCUUGUGUCAGUUUUCUGUUUUCUUGCACAAAGACUAAGAUUUUCGGCCAUGCCACAAUGGUUAUAAUUCUGGUCUUGUUGUUGCUGAGUUUCUUGGAUCCCAGUUAUCAGGAAUUGUCUUCGAGGCUAACUAGGACAUCCAGGGCGCCUUGUGCCAAAAGGCAGGAGUGUGACCCAAGGCAGCGGAGAGAUGCUGGGGGACGCGGUGGAGUCUACGAGCACCUCGGUGGAGCACCGAGACACAGAAAGCUGUACUGUGCAACAAAGUAUCAUUUGCAAAUACACCCCAAUGGGAAGAUAGACGGAUCUCUUGAAGAAAACAAUCCGUUUAGUAUCUUGGAGAUCACAGCAGUUGACGUCGGUGUGGUGGCAAUAAAGGGUUUAUUUUCGGGGAGAUAUCUGGCCAUGAACAAGAAAGGACGCCUUUAUGCUUCGGAAGUGUUCAACCAGGAAUGUGAAUUUGUGGAACGGAUCCAUGAGCUGGGAUACAAUACUUAUGCCUCCAGAUACUAUCGGACAUCUCCGCCUUCAGCUAGUGCCGGCAAACAGCGGGCCAGUGCAGAAAGACUAUGGUAUGUGUCAAUCAAUGGAAAAGGGCGGCCGCGUAGAGGCUUCAAGACCCGGCGGACAGAAAAAGCUUCUCUUUUUCUACCAAGGGUACUGGCCAACAAGGACCAUGAGAUGGUGCACCUUUUCCACACGAGCCAGAAAUACAGAGAGAACCUUCUAAGGCCUGCCGGGAGAGCAGAACGUAGGCGUCGCAGGCACAGGCUCGCUGCUGGCAAGGCCAAGGAGACAGAGGACUGAAAACAGGCAUCAUGGGUAAUAUUGUCCUCCAGUAGCUCACCAAGAAGUGCUUGGCAACAAGAAAAACCAAUUGAGCCAAAGAAAGGACAACAUAGAGCGCCGGAGAAUGUGUGACACUUGCAGUGGGACAUGCUUAUGACCCCACGACCAUAAAUAUUCAAAAUUACGUUAAAAGGUUUUGGAUUUGCCAUGUAGGUAUUUUUACCAUGAGUAGCCUAUCAGUCGUUUUCAGAAUCUUUGCUCUACUUUUAAUAGUAAAUAUCGAUGUAUAUAUGUGUAUUAUAGUUUUCUAUUUCAUUCUCGCUUCAGAUAUGUCUAAUGUACAAAUCUGUUGUUUGACAUGGAGUUCACACAUGUGCUUAGACUGUGUCAUAUUACAGUUAAAAAUACACCCAUGAAGAUAGCAUACAGUAAAGCACUUUUUCUUUCUAACACAAGUUUAAAAAGGAAAAAACAUGGUAAAAAUGAGGUACAAAUGUAUUUAUUAUGUGAUAGUCUACUGUCCUUGAACUGCGAAAGGUCACGUUGUAUAUUUACUAAAGUUAUGCAUAUUUAUUGUUUUCUUUAGGUUUUAAAUUAUUGAUGACAUGCAGUUCUUUUGGUUUCCACUGAUGUUUUAAUAUAAAAAAAUUGAUGUCUGUGUAUCAGUGUCCCGAUAGAAUAGGCAUUUCUGUGUAUCCACAGGGAGUUGGAGUGUGGAAGGGAAAACAUAUUGUGUUACACCAAAUUAAAUGUCAUUGCUUAUCUGAAAAAAAUGCACGUAAUGACAGGAAUAUUUAUGUAUGAAUACUAUUAAAAUUAAACUGUACUACCAGAAAUUAAUCAUUACAACAGAAUUACUACGGAUAAACAUGAUGUUCAAAAUUUACAGUAAACCAUUCCU